UAUCUCCACUUUGCCGUUGCAAUGUGCAUGAGAAGCGGUUGUCAAAGCCUGCAAGGACUUGAGCUGCACGAGGCACGUGAGGGAAAGCUGUGCAAAGGCAGGCAGGGCAAACAGCCGGCCCGCUUUCGUUGUGGGAGCAGGAAUGAGGAAGUUAAGUGUAAAGUUUUCACUGAAGCGAAAGGAAAUGUUCCUUCUCAUGAAACAGGUUGUAAGGAUUAUUCUUCUACCAGUAUUGAAUGUUUCAACGGACACUGUUUAAGAUCAAUGAGAAAAAGCAUCCUGCGGUGUUCGGACUCCAGCUUUGAAGGAAGUAUGGCGAUACUGAGGGGAAAUGUCAACAGAAGAGACUUUUCAGGGCAGUUGAGAAAGCCGAAAUUGGAACGAGAAAAAGAGUAUAACACAGUCACCAGAACAUCGAGGAGUAGAGCUGGUGCAAAAACUGUGAGACAAGUCCAUGGAGAAAACAGGGACUUGGAGCUGCGCCGCAGCUGUAGAGUCCAACGCAGUCGGUACUCUACUACUAACUCGUCCAUUCUAUUUGACAAACUUAUAACAAAUACUGCGGAAGUUGUGCUACAAAAAAUGGAUCAAAUGGAGCAGAUGCAUAGAUGCCAAAGAUGUUGGGAAGACGUUGAG